GGACAACGAGUAAACGCACUCCUUUGCAAACAUGGCGGAGCUUCUGAAAAUUAGAGCUGAAGUAGAACAUUUCCGAAAGGAAUACUUCUACAGAAACUGCAAAGCUGAGGAAAACAGACGGAAGGAGACUCAAGCCGCCACCCGAAUUCAGAGCGGGUUCCGAGCCUGUAGGGUACGGGCAUACUUAAGCCAUCUGCAUAAGAAGGCAAUCAUUAUCCAGAAGGUAUGGCGCGGCUUCACGGCAAGGGCACGUGUCAGACAAAUGGUGAAGGCGGCAUAUUUUAUCAUGAAGAUGAAUUUCUACGAGGAGAUGGCGGUCAGGAUUCAGCGGCAGUGGAGAGGAUUCUUUGUGAGGAAGUAUAUUCAUAACUUUUAUGAACGCAAAAGCUAUAUGGAGGGACUAAUCAUAAAAAAUGAACUUAUCAGGACAUUCAUGAAAGAAGAGCUGCUGUGGUGGAGAGAGUGCAGGCCUGCCCCGCCAUCACUCUCCACUUCUAAGCGUCAGAGAGAGCUGGAUGAGAUUGAAGUACUCCAGAAAAAGGAGAGAGAAUAUCUGCAGUUGGUAAAAGAGAAGACAGAGAAAAUAUCCCAAGCUCAUCGGUUACACCACCUAAUCAGUACAAAGCAGAGCCCUGGGGUCUUCAACUCUCCAUUCAGGCCAGCCCCAGAUGAGAUGGAGCUACUGUUGAGGCAGGUCAAGUACCAGGCCCCCACCAAGCUGAAUCCCAGGGGGAGGGGUUAUCCCCUGGACAUCCCUGGCCCCACAGCCCCUGGUUUCUCUGGGAGUGCUGAAUCCCCAUGGAUUAAGUCCACCAAAGCCUGCAGCUUCAGGCCCAUUUUACCUCCCAUUUCCACUAAAAAGCAGCAGGGCCUGUUUAGUGAGCCAGGAGAAGUUUGGAAGCAGAGCCUGCAAUGUCCUGACUUGAUGCUAUGCUUACAGACCUCUUACACACACCUGGAAGAAGCCCAGGGUCAGCUGUGGCAACAUGAGUCUGUGAGGCUCCCCAGUGUUGUACUAGGAUCUGAAAACCUGCCGCAGCUCAUGAAACCCUGUAGCAGCUCCUUCAAACAAUAA